AAACAUUUUUUUUGUAACGCAUAUGAAACGACGAGGAACGAAACCAAAGCUGAGCUGUCCAGUUAUCCCUUCGCUGAAGGUAUGUACGUUGACAUUCGGAAACAAUAGAUAUCGCAAUUGCGAGUUCAGUGGUAAUGCUUUCUUCCGGUUUCUUGUUUUUUUAGACUUUGGUUUUGUUUUUUCAAAUUAAUUCAUGCUUAAUGAUUUCAGGGCUACCCGUGUACACAGUUCAAGGAGAAUUACGUAAUUGUGCUAACGCACGCAUGCUCCGGUCCGGAUUCACGCACAAUCUGUGUGUCAAUGUAAAUGCGUACAUGGACUCGACAGGGAUUGAUCAACUGACAAUCGUCCGGGAUAUUUACCUCGUGAAUUUUACGCGUUAGAAAUUUCUGAAAGAAAGCUAGAGAUUAACGCGCUUUAAUUACUUCGCGAUACAGCUCUAGAUCUAUUUAUCCGGAUUAUUCACAACGCGGACUGAAUUAUAAAUUUUUAUGGUUUUCGAGCGAAACUCCACAGGAAGUCUCACGCGACUUUUUACUGCGUACAGGUAGAAGCAAGUAGAAUCGACGUAACUAAAUGUAGAAGCUACAAUCGCAACGCUGAUCGAUUACGAUUCUGUCGUUUGUUGCAUUUCACGUAACUACGCAUUACACAUUUUUAUCCAUCUGCCACACUCGAGUCGAUCGAGCGCAUAGAUAAAAUUAUGAAUGAACGGGUAUGGAGAAGGCAGAUGAAUGGAUGAUUGAACGGGCCUAUAUGGUGCCUCUAGAAAAAAAUAUAAAUAGCUCGCGUGUGGCGUCGACGCGUGAAUGUUGAUAUCCACGUGUCUCGAUAAAACAAACUCGUAGCUCGUAGACGGCGAAGAAAAUCUUUUAUCGACGCGCGGGAGAAAGGAGGAGGAAUAGAAAGAGAGAGAAGAUUGGGUGGCCUCUGGAGUGCGCUGGGACAUGGACGAGCGGAACGUCGAAACGAGUUGAAAAUCAGAACCGUGGAACGCGCAUCCGGUUGUCGCGUGAUCUCGCCUGGCCGCCCACCCACCCGCACCAACAUCGUCGUCGUCGUCGUCGUCGCGCCUGUCAAAAUCGGCCCGUAGUAGUAUCACUGGCGGUGACGGUCGGCGACAGUGGCUCUCGUGCCGCCGGUAGGAUGUGAAGAGUCGGAGGAAAAGCAGAAAAAAGUCGUACCUCGUUGAAGAAAGGAUUGAGGUAACGACACGAGGAGGCAGAAGAGAAAAAAAAAAGUUUUUUUUUGUCGAUCUUCACGAUUAACCGAAGGAUGCGUUUGCACUCGGGUCGCGUAACCACGGCGACCGGCGUCUACUCGUUUCACUCGCGAUAGCGACGAGGUACUGGAGGUGGUGUAGAGGGUGACGGGAGGAGUAAACACGAGGAGCUGCUAGCGACGUCGGAGAGGGGACCUAGGAGCAGCGUCCUCGUCUUCGUUGUCGUCGUCGUCGUUCUCCUCGUCAUCGUCAUUCUAGUCGUCGUCGUCAUCGCGCAGGCAGCAAUGGCCGCCGCCGCCGUCGACGAGGUCAAGCUCGAGGAGCUGAGGACCGAGAUCGAACGUCUGUCGCGCGAACUCGAUUUGGCUUCCACCGAGAAGAUACAGUCAGCGCAGUAUGGACUCGCGCUACUCGAGGAGAAGUCGGCCCUGCAGCAGCGGUGCAACGACCUGGAGGCGCUCUACGAGAACACGAAGCAUGAGCUGGAGAUCACGCAAGAGGCGUUAGCAAAGUUCCAAACAACUACGAAAAUAACGGCAAAGAGCGGCAUCGAGCAGGAAGAGAGUCUUCUUAACGAAAGCGCCGCUCGGGAAACGUCUUUGCAAACACAGAUCAUCGAGUUAGAAAAUGAAACAAAACAGUUGCGACACGAAUUGGAGCGGGUGGAGGCGGAGCGCGAUCACGCGCUGCAGGAGCGCGAGGAAGUCGGGAAGGAUCAUCAGCAGGCGGAGACGGAGCGCAAAUCGUUACGAACGGAACUGCGGGAGUGCAGGUUCCGCGAGACUCGCUUGCUACAGGACUAUUCUGAGUUGGAGGACGAGAAUAUCUCGUUGCAGAAGCAAGUUUCCGGCUUGCGUUCCAGUCAGGUGGAGUUCGAGGGUGCCAAACACGAGAUUCGACGGCUCACGGAAGAGGUUGAGCUGUUAAACAGCCAGGUAGAGGAGCUGACGAAUCUGAAGAAGAUAGCGGAGAAGCAGAUGGAGGAGGCGUUAGAAUCCCUGCAGGCCGAGCGCGAGGCCAAGUACGCCUUGAAAAAAGAACUGGAUCAGAGGAUCAACAGCGAAUCGAUUUACAAUCUUAGCAAUCUGGCGCUUUCCAUUCGCGGCAUCACUGAGGAUCAAACGAUAUGCAGCGAUGGCGAAGACGACUCGCCCGCGUUGCGUAGGAUCGAGGCGGAUUUGAAGACGCAGGAACCAGGCACGUCUGCGACCGAUAAGCAGGUUGACCUAUUUUCCGAGAUUCAUUUGAACGAACUAAAGAAACUGGAGAAACAAUUGGAACUUGCGGAAAACGAGAAGGUCCAUCUGACGCAAAAUCUGCGCGAGUCACAGUACGCGGUUGAGAAGAGCCAAGCGGAAUUGCAAUCGUUUGUUGCGCGAAUAGUGCAGCUGGCAGCGCAUGUGCAAUCGCUACAUCAUCUUCACUCGAAAUUACCGGAGAAGCAGAGCGAAGAGACGACGUUAGAUAAACUCAAUCAGGCCGUUGUGCAAUAUCAUCAAUGGAGUACCAUGUCCGCUCGCGAGAUUAAUCAGUUGCAGAAAGAUCUGUCCGAAUUGGAGAACGGCUUAACCGUGUCCGACUCCACGCAGCAGCUAAGAACGGAGCUGACGAAUCUGAGAAACAAGAUACCCGAGUCAGAGAAGAGCCUUCGAGAAAAGCUUCUGGACACGGAACAGAGAAGUAUGCAGCUCGAAUCGGACGUGUCGACUCUAUCAAAACUUACCGCGGAAGCGGGUGGUUUCCUCGAUUCUGCUCAGAAUGAUCUGCAGAAUCUCUCCGACGAACUCGCGCAGCUCUACCAUCACGUGUGUACCGUUAACGGCGAGACACCCUCGAGGGUGGUACUUGAUCAUGAAAAGUCGGAAAUCGUGCCCGAAAAGGAAGAGGAGAACGGUAAGAUGGAUUGGUGCCGAACUCUGUUCAAAACCGACAUUAAGAUCAAGGAUCUGGAGAGUCUCAGCAAAGCGAAGGAGAUUGCGAAACACAUAGAGACGGCGAUGGACCAAAUAAAACAUCUCAGAAACGCUGUAGAACACACGAUCGAGUUGUCGAAAGUCAAAGGAAUGCAAUCCAAUAUUUGCAACGUUUGCGAGGCUUCUGUCAAUGAAAACAAAGCAGACGUGACGGACCUCCAAGAACAAGUUAUCAGAUUAAAGGCUUUGUUGUCUGCUAAGCGAGAACAGAUCGCCACGUUAAGAACGGUGCUUAAAUCAAAUAAAAACACAGCGGAAGUGGCGUUAACGAAUUUGAAGAGCAAGUACGAGAAUGAGAAGAGUAUUGUUAACGAGACAAUGCUCAAGCUGAGAAAUGAACUUAGAAUGUUGAAGGAAAACGCUGCGACAUUCUCGAGUCUGCGUGCAAUGUUUGCUGCACGUUGUGAAGAGUACGUGACGCAAGUUGACGAGCUUCAGCGGCAGCUCACCGUGGCGGAGGACGACCGGAAGACGUUGAAUCAGCUGCUGCGUCUGGCAGUGCAACAAAAGCUUGGUCUCACCAUGAAGCUGGAGGAGCUCGAGGUCGAUCGAGAGCUGCGUAACACCAGGAGACACGCCGCCGGCGCUAAUGGACGUGGUAGGCCGCGACUGUCGCAACAGACGAACCGUCCCCAUUUAGGCAGAGAUUUCUUCUAGAAAAUGAUGAAGAUGUGGAGUAAAAUAUUCUAAGAAAAGCGUGGAUUUUGAAAACCUUUUCGAAUUUUUCUACUGCUCGUUGCCAAGCCCUCGUUUUGUCGCGGGCCUGGAGAACUCUAGUGAGUAUACAAUUGACCUUCUUCGUUAGAAAAAACGUCCGCAGUCUCGUUUUAUUCGUAAUAACCGUUUCGUCGCGUUAAAUUCCGCGACGCGUAUUUUUACAAAGGAAUGGACGGACACUCGUGAAUGCUUGAGAAAAAAAGAUAUAAAACGAAAGAGAAGGAAAAUGACGACGCCGUCCUCACUAAUACGGGGGAGAAUCGCGCUCGGUGAACGAAAGAAUAAGGGCUGCUUUUCGAAAUGUUCAGUUUCACACCCCAUGGAUUUUGCUCCAUAUCAUAGAGUCUCUUCAGAGAGCUCUGCCUUGUGUUACCACUAUUGUUAAUAGAGGAAUUUAGGAAUAUAAAGGAGAGUGUAAAAUACACACUUUCGUUGACUCUGCUGUACGCGGAGUCGUUACAUGUGCGCGUUAAAUGCGAGUUAUACGUUCUGCGACGAUGCGCAAGUUAGCCGUGUCAAACUGUUGAGUGCGUUAAAUCAGCGCGAGCGUUCCAUUGAUAUAUUCUCAGUCGUUUUUAUUGUAACAAAGGAAACGUGUUUCAGGUGUCGAUUCGUCGAGCUCUAUUACCGCUUUAGCACGCUUAUUUAUUAACGCUUUACGUAUUUUAAAUGAUCCGAGAGAUAUUCCGUUGAUGAUCCGUAAUGUAGCAUAAUAAUAAUCUCCGGAGUGUUUCUUCGGAGAAAGCAUACGUUAAUGAGAUGAAGCAUGGCGUAAAAGAAAUACUGUUUGUAGAUAGCGAAAGACGGAGGAAUUUUACAUCGCGUACCCAUAGAGACAAUAUUAAAUAUCGCGCCCGUGACCGGUAGCAUUUAUAAUCAAAGUAGCGAGAUGGAAUGUCGUAGGUCAAGUAGAUUUGAAAAUUUUUAACGGUAGACGAAAAUAAAAUACACACGAUAUAGGGACCCAUUUUCCAAGUAGUACUACCACCUCAGGUCACAUCAGAUGCAUCAAUAGUCCACUCAUGCUCACUUGUUUUAUUUCAAUAAUUUCUCUUUACCUUUGAGAGAAACCGUUUUUCCGAUUCUUAACCCAUUCUACAUAAGAUGCAUAAUGUAGGUUACAGGUCACAAACGCGGAUACGAAAGCCAAACAAAAGUCUCAAUAGUAUUAUUGAUGCUUCUGCUAGGCUGUCGUGUCCGCAUUUACGACCUGCGUUCUGCGUCUUAUGUAGAACAGUCUUUACGCGUUGUCGAAUCGCAGGAAUGUUUUAAUAAGCUGAAAAUGGAACGAAUCGUACUUCACGUCUCGGAGAGAAAAUAGUAUUACAGAGAAGUAUUAUACACAAGAGACCAAGAUACGAAGAAUACCAGUUUCGACGUUGCGAAAAGAAAUUUUAUAAAUUUUAGAUUUAGCAAAUUGUAUUAUAAUUCUAGAGGCAGCAUAUCUUCCUCUUCGAGCCGCGGAGUCGGUUGUCCCACGAUAUUCAACGUGUACGUUUUGCCAUCGAAGAUCGGUAUUCGUUUUCUCGUUGUUAACUGUGGAAUUUGCAACGGGCGAAAUAAUAUUCUUUCGUUUGCUAUUUUGUUGUAGAAACGGUAGGCCUAAACGGGCUCUAGAUGAUUUACGUUGACUUCUUGGCAGCUUGUUGAACCUACACCUAUUGUUCAUUAGAAGUUAACUAUUUUAUUGGAUUACUAUAAUAGAUGCAGCUACUCUCGAUGCAAGUUUUAUCACUUGUUAAGUUAUGUUUAUUUAUAUUUUUAUGUAUAUGUUUUUUAUUGCGGCAAAGAGCGCUUCGCAAUGCAAUUUUAUUAUACCAUUUGAUGUAUGAUUAUCGCUGAUCUCGUUCGACGAGGUUACAAAAAAGAUUUUUUUGUUCAAAUAAAGCGCGCGACAAGAGCUCUAAUUACAGUUUUAUUGAUUACCGAUGUCUUGUAUUCUUUUGUAGGAAUGUAAUUAUCGUGAUUAAGUGUACUCAGUGCAACUCGCAGGAUGCUCUUUUACUUUCCUAAUAAACGCAAAUAAAUUUAAAUGAAUUAAAAAUUUGUAAUUUUGGAUUUAAAAAUAGUAAUUACGUCAUUUUAAUCUUAUGUCAUAAAUUAAAAUUGAUUAUAUGACUCGCACAAUUUUUUUUGGAUUGAGAAAGAAUAGGAAGAAUAGUUUCAAUUUCACUUCAUAGAUUAAUGAAUUCAAGGAAUUCUUAAAUUUUAAUUAGAUUAAAAUAAAUUUAAAAAAUCAAGAAUUUGGAUUCGGCAAUGACCAUACUAUUUCUAUCUAUUUGCUAAGUUGAUACGUUCUGUAGAUACAUUAUGCGCAUAUAUCCUUCUAGUGAUAUAUGUAUAUAUGACUUAAAGAUUGGAAACCAAAUCAUUCUAAUUAAAAUUAAUUAUUGUUUGAUUACGAGGUUUUGAAAAAGUAUCGAUUGUGUUAAUAUUUACGAAUAUCGUUAUCAUUUGCGCACGAUUUAAAGAAUGUAAUAGAGCAUCCUGAAAUUAAAUUUGUAUAUGUAUACAUCGUCAUUGUCAAUCAAAUUUGUUAUCGCAGUUAUUGUCUUUAUUAUCAUCGCUAUUAUUAUCGAUAUUAUUGCAAUUGUAUAUUUAUUAUUGUAAUUAUUAUAUCGGUUUCUCGUCGUAGUAAGACAAAUACCUAAAGAGAAUUUUAUCGAUCAAUCGCUUGAUCAGUUGUCGCUAUUAUAUUUUAUCUAUAUCUUGUAAUUAUCGCGUUACCUGUGUCUACGACGCGUGUCGCGAAUAAACUACUAUUUACAUUUUAUACAAUUUCACAUUUUUCGAAUAUAUUUUUGUCCGGAGU